AUGAAGAAACAGUCUCACGGAAAAGGGAUGGAAGUUUUGCCAGAGGAGAUGAUUAUGGAAAUCUUGUUUAAGUUGAAUGUGAAGUCUCUUGUUCGAUGCAAAAGCGUGUGUAAGUCGUGGCUAUCUUUGAUAUCUGAUUCUCACUUUACAAAAUUGCAUUUUGAUCUCUCUCCUGCAACAGAGAAAUUUAUGAUCGUUUCAAAUCGGAAACUCACCACCAUAGACUUCAAUGCCUCCCUAAACUAUUAUUCUAGUUGUGUUCACUUCGAAGUACCACAGAGAAUUUUUCAUCCUUAUUAUUUUAAAUUUGGAGGUUCUUGUCGGGGAUUUUUACUUUUAGAAAGUUUGAAGGAUAAGUGGCUGUGGAACCCAUGCACAGGUUGCUACAAACAAGUUUGUAGGUCACCCCUUGAAUAUUCCUUUGAAACUAAUCCUAAUUAUGAUGUGCUGUUUCGAGGUUUGGGGUAUGACCCAUUAACUGAUGACUACUUGGUGGUUCAACUUUUCAGUAAACUUUACAGUAAUGAUAGAAAAUAUGCAGAGGUUUUCUCGAUCAGAGCUAAUAAGUGGAAGGAAAUUGAACCUGUCAAUUUGUCCUUCACACCCUGUGACUCGGAGAAUUAUAGCCCAGGCAGAGUUUUGAAUAAUGUCAUUUAUUGGUUGGGUUGCUGUAUUAAGGAAGAGGUGAAUGUUUUUAUCCUUGGCUUUGAUGUAACAAAAAGGAUGUUUUUUGAGAUAGCUGCGCCAGUUGAUGUUGCACCAGUUAAUUAUGGGAAUAGCAAGGAUAGAAAAGCUUUGAGUGAACUUGCAGGAUUGCUUAGUCUAUGUGUUUAUACAGAGAGCAACCAUUCAAUAGAAAUAUGGAGCAUGAAAGAAUACAAAAUAGAAUCAUCUUGGACCAAGACUAGUGUGGUGUCUCUUGUUGUUCCAUGCAGAUUCUUCAACCUAGUUUGCUUAACAAAAGAUGGUGAUAUUGUUGGAAAAGAUGGGGAUGAAUUGAUCAAAUAUAAUAAGAAGGGGGAAGUGAAGGAGAUUCUAUCAUGGGCUCGUCUCAAUCUUUCAUCCUUUCAUUUCGAGAUCUGUAAAGAAUCUCUUUUCUCACUUCCUUGUCACGAUGAGCAAGCACCAAAAGAUAUUUAG